UUUCACAAUUUCAUGACGACGAUCAUGAAGAAUUCGAUUCUCUUUGUCUUGGGCGUCUCUGUUUUGGCAAGUCUUACAUAUGGGUGUGAGGACGUCAACGUAGACUGUGAGAAGUGGAAGCGAGCAGGAUACUGCCCGAAGUGGAAAGAUUACAUGACAAAAUACUGCAGAAGGACGUGUGGAUUCUGCGAAGGUGGUGGCGGUAAUAGUGGAAAUGGCGGCAAUGGCGGCAAUGGCGGUAAUGGCGGCAAUGGCGGCAAUGGCGGCAAUGGAGGCAACGGUGGUAACGGCGGAGGGCCACCAACUGGUGGCUCAGGAGAUUGCGGAUACAAGCCUCAUACUCGAAUCGUUGGUGGCACGGAGGCUCCUCGAGGAGCUUGGCCAUGGCAAGCUCAAAUCACGCAGUAUCACGGUUUCCCAUUUUGCGGCGGAACUCUGGUGAAUCCUUGGUGGGUGGUAACUGCAGCUCAUUGUGUCUCGAAAGACACACCAUCGCGCAUCCGUGUAAGAUUGGGAGGUCACAAGCGCCGAGGUCCCGAGAAUACAGAACAGAUUUUGGAGGUUGAAAAGAUCAUUAAUCACCAUAACUACAAAAGACCGUAUGGUAUGGCUCACGAUAUCGCCAUGCUGAAACUGCGUCACCCCGCUAAAAUAAACCAGCAUGUUGGAAAGGCUUGCUUGCCUGGGUCGAGUGGAAGGGUUCCAGAUGGCAAGAAUUGUUGGGUUACAGGCUUUGGAAGAUUGUCGUCCGGCGGCAGUUCCCCCAAUAGGCUCAGGCAAGUGUCUGUGCCAAUUGUUAGUGAGAGCAAAUGCAGAAGAGCGUAUGGCUCAUCAAUCCACGCCUCCAUGGUCUGUGCUGGGCUCGAUCGUGGAGGAAAAGAUUCGUGCCAGGGAGAUUCAGGCGGACCAAUGGUGUGCGAAUACAAAGGAAAGUUCUUCCUGGAGGGUGUCGUGUCGUGGGGAAGUGGAUGUGCUGCUCCGGGAAAAUAUGGCGUUUACUCCAGGGUUCGUUACUUAAGGCAAUGGAUUGACAGCACUAUGAGCCGAUAUUAAGGAUUAAUAUCUGAGACUUAAUAAAAACGAGUAAUAUACAUUUGAA